AGAGCGGGGGAGGUGUGCGAUAAGAAACGUGUGAUAAAUUUCACGUCUCUCUCUCUCUCUCUCUCUCUCUCUCUCCCCCUCUAUUUUUCUUUCCGGGACGAAAACGCGCUCCUCGGCUGCACGUUUUUCACGAAAUUUCCCGCUGGGUGCGCGGCCGCAAAUUUAUUCGACGACCCGCGCUCGAAUUAAUCCCCAAUCGAUAAAUCGUAAUUACUCGUCCCUGUCUCCGGCGUUACAGCCAAAGAACCAGCCGUAUAGGGUAGGAUUCGCGCCCAGGCUCGGCGACGCUAAACACGUCGGUGUUUAUUUAUAGUGCGACGCGAGAGACAACGGCGACGGUGCGGCGCGGCGCGGCGCGGCGCGGGCGCGGGAGAAUCCGUUUCGUUAAUUACUCCAGCCGAUAUUACUUAAUUCACUUUUGAUUAACGAUCGUCCGUACAGGAAUAAUGGUAACUAGGGCCGUUACCGUCGGGGCGGCGGCAGGUGCCGCUGGGAUGUCUGGCGAGGCGGGGUUGGUCGGGAUGUCGGGCGUACCGAGGCUGCUGGAGGAUCUGGCGCGACUCUCCGAGGAUAAAGACUCGGCUGAUAUCGUGUUUCUGCUGGGGCGCGACGAGACCCCGGUUUACGCCCACAGACUAAUACUUCAAGCCAGGUGCAAGAACUUCACGGUGCCGAAGAGGAUAGGCACGGCUGGAAAUCCAACGCCGGUGCGAAUGUCGCACGCGCAUCCGGAUACGUUUCGCCAGUUUAUUCACUACAUCUACACCGGCAAGAUAAUGCUGCAAGACAGCGCGAUUUUCGAGAUGUUGGGCUUGGCGCAGGAACUCGGUCUCGACGAGCUCUGGCGAAGUUGCGAGGAACACGUGUCGGCCACUCUAAGUCCUGGCAACGCGUGUGCGCUUCUAACUGCCGCUUUAGAGGCACAGGAUCGCGUUCCGGAAUAUUCCGACUACGAGAUGAAGUUUGUCAAGCUCGAUCAAAGCUCCACUCUCUCGUCUUUUGAUAAUAUCACGUUUUCACGGCGGAUUACGGAUGCGAAUAGUCGAGUUCUAAUUUCCAAUAAUGCUGGCGAGAACGGCUUCCUAGGCUUAAGUCUGUUCCCUUCUUCUUUCACCUAUCGAGUCCAUUUGUGUGCUCCAGCAGGGAAAGUCGCGUGCUCAUCGUUCAUCGAGCGGUGCUUCGCCUUUAUCGGUGAGAACGCCUUGGACACGGUAAAAACAACGGCGUUUUGCACUCUGCCGAAGGACGCUCUGGUUAAACUGAUAUCCUCGGAUUACCUCGCUCUGGAGGAGGAGGAUGUGUGGCGCGCGGUCCUCAAUUGGGCAAAGUAUCAGGCAGGUGUAACGCAGCCCACGCAACAUUGGACCGAGGAGGAGCGCGUGCGGGUGUGCCAGCAUCUGUCCGGCGUGAUACACCACGUAAGGCUGUUGCUGAUCGACAGUCAGGUGUUCGCGGAGGAGGUAGAGCCGACCGGCGCGGUGCCGAUCGAGUUGUCCUUGGAGAGGUACGAAUUUUUCAAUGCCGAUCGAUGUUCGAGCGACUCAGAAUUUCUAAGGUAUAGGUAUGCCGCCCUGCCGAACAAGUUUGCGGAGAUCUGCACGGACAAGCGACUGCAGCCGCGGGUCAGCCCGUUCCUCUUCCCGGGCUCGCAGAUCCUCUCCAGGGACAAGAUGGGCUCGCAGCGGCUGCUGAACCAGUGGUACGGCGUGGCCAAGCAGAGCUGGCGGCUCAUCUAUCGGGCGUCCAGCCACGGAUACUCGGCGGCGUCGUUUCACCGCCAUUGCGACAACAUCAGCCCGACGUACGUGAUAGUGCUGGGGAUGCGCGGCGAGAUAUGCGGUGGCUUCAGCGACAGUCCAUGGAGCAAGCCGGCGAAGGCGCACUAUGUCUCCUCGGAGAAGGCCUUCCUGUUCACGUUGGCGAACAACGAGGACGUGCCGCCGACCAAGUUCGACAUCGUGAAGAAGUCGUUCGCGACCUGUCACCACCCCGACAUCGGGCCGAUCUUCGGCGCGGGCGCCGACCUGCUUAUAUCGAGCAAUUGCAACGUCAACAAGGAGAGCUACAGCAACCUGCCGCACAGCUACGAGGGCGAUCACGCGUCCAACACCGUGCUGAUGGGGGACUAUCACUUCUCCGUGGUCGACUACGAGGUCUUCACGACGAACCAUCCGGUGUCCAAGUCCAAUCACUGAGCGCCGGGGCUAGGCCGGCAGAUUGCGCGUCUGUAAAUAUUCAUCACCCUCCUGCGCGCGCGCGGCGCAUAUUCGCGGUGAUCUCACCGCGAUGAAUUCAUUUCGAUACGAGAUCUGCGCGCGAAGCAGCGCGAGUGCGUUUAUCGUCACAGCUACAUACCUCUGUACUCAUUUCUCAAGCAGCGACCCAAUUAAAAGACUGCACCAAGGAUCACGUUGUGACUCUGGGUGUUUUUAUUAUAA